CUUGAAGACUCAGUAAACAUGCUUCGUUACAAGUGCUCGUUGCUGGCUCUGCCGCUGGCUUCUUUGGUUAUCCUGUCUUCAGUCGUCACUCCGGGAAAUUCCCUGGAAAAUGGACAAGGAUUGCGCCGACUGUUGUGGGAUUUGGAGGAAGGAACUGGAAUCGAUGUGAGCGAACACGAGCGGAUUAGGAGGGAAGCUGCCGAAGAAACAACUACGACAUCAACAACAACCACAACAGCAAAGCCCGACAAGAAGAAAGCCGAUAAACCGAAACCGUUUCCCGAUUUUCCGAAACUCGAGUUGGACCCGGACACCGAGUCUCUGUCACCCAACAACACUGACCCGGAAAUCCCUCUCGGAUUUCCCCCUCUUAUGCCCCCUGAUGGUCCCCUCUACCCUCCCGGACUGUACCCAGGUUCCCCAUUUGGACCAAGUCUCCCUCCCCGACCCGCAUACCCACCCGGCUUCGAGAUCUGUUUCAAUCCAUUAGCCUUGCAGCCGCUGCCCGAGGACUCGAAGAGCGCCAAAAUGCAGAAACAAAUCAUCAAGAUGCAGUGCGACUUUGUCAACAUGCAGACCAAACUCACCAAGUUCCAGCAAAACCUUGAGAAGGAGCUCGUCGAACUGAAGAAGUUGAACUAUAACGUGGUUGCCAGGAUAGCCCGGCUCGAGUCCAUGCUCAGGGCUUCUCCUUUCUAGAAACAUCUUGCAAAACUCGACAAAAUUAAUACAUUCAAAAAGAAUUAUUCAGAGAUUGUGAGUAUCGCUUUCAACAAAACAAACUGUACCCUUCCUUACAAUAAUAUGUUUGAGAAAGAGUAAUAAAAUUCAAUUUCAAACAAAAA